CCAAUGACCGCAAUCCUGAAAGUGAUUCUAUUUCAAAGGCCGAAAUUUAAUUGUAAAGAUUUGGUUGUAAAUCAAUUUUUAUAACCUUUUUUUUUUUCUCCACUAUUAUUUUUUCUUCAUUUCAAUUUAAUUAUUAUUAUUAUUAUUUUUGAACAAAAUGUCUUUUUUAUGCGGUAAAACUAAUAAUCAAAAGAAUAAAAUAAUGAGUAAAAAGUUAGUUGUUUGUGGGGAUGGCGCAUGUGGGAAGACUUCAUUAUUAAAUGUUUUUACAAGGGAUUAUUUUCCCGAGAUUUACGAGCCAACUGUAUUUGAAAAUUAUGUUCAAGAAAUAACAGUAAAUGAUCAACAAAAAAUUGAACUUUCAUUAUGGGAUACAGCAGGACAAGAAGAAUUUGACAGAAUUCGACUUUUAUCUUAUGAAAAUACGCAUGUCUUUAUGUUAUGUUUCUCUGUAGAAAAUAGAGACUCAUUCCAUAAUAUACCUGAUAAAUGGUUAGAAGAAGUAACUGAACACAGUCCUCAUGCUAAACUUGUUUUAGUCGCUUUAAAAUGUGAUUUAAGACAAGAAAAACCAGAUACUAUUUUAUAUCAAGAGGGGCUUGAAAUGGCUAAAUCAAUCAAUGCGAUUCGAUACCUAGAAUGUUCAGCUAAACAUAAACGUGGGGUAAAAGAAUGUUUUCAAGAAACUGCAAAAGUAGCACUCUCAGUUAAACUAAAAUCAUCACAUGAUUCUGGAUCAAAUUGUAUUAUACUUUAAUUUUUUUUUCC